AUGAGCAUGUUGGGACGUAACUACGGUGGCUCUCGGACGUCUACAGGGUCGCUCUCGGACUCGUCCUUGGACAACUCGUUGCUUUCCGAACUCGGCGACAGUGACGACGACUUUCUCGGCCUGUCGACGCGUACAGCGACAGAGCGACUGCUUCAAACCAUCGAGACCUUUGCUUUUGGCGCACUCUUUGCCAUCGUCUCGCGCACCUCAUCACUCCGCAUUGUCUCCAUCCUUGUGCUGCUCAUCGAGUUUGGCCAGCUCGCCGCCUUUGCCUUUGCGCCCAUCUUUGAGUGGGGCCCAUGGGCCGACUCAUCGCUCCAACCUGUGCUCUCGGUCCUCUCGCUGCGAGUGGUUUUCUCCUCGUUCCACGUCUUCCGUGUUGUCAAUCUUGUUGUGUAUGCCGUGCUCCUUGGCGCCAGCGUUGACGCUGCUUAUGUCGGCCUUGCCCUCCGCGACCACUCACGGUCCAAGGUCUGGCCGUUGCGACUGCUGCGGUACGCCGUCGGCUUUGCGGUCACCGUCCUGUACAUUCCGAUCAUGAGCGUCCUCCUCACGCCGCUCGCUUGCGACUACGAGGCCGAGCCGCCCGUCCUCCGUGACUACUCGGACGUCGGGUGCUGGGAGGUCGAGAUCACAGCCUACCGCAUGGUCUCGGGUGUCCUUGCGCUCGUCUUUCUUGUGGGGACGGCGGCUCUGUCGCUGGUGUACUUUCAGGACGCGCUCGGAUCGGGGCACUUGCUCGCGCGGCCACACGCGCGGGUUGACUGCGCCACCCAUGUGGUCAAGACGGUGCUUUUGUUUGGGUUUGCGACCGGAGCUGGCUCGCCCGGGGUGCUCGGCGGUCUUCUUGUGGUCACUAUGAUCUCCAUCUUUGUGCUGCAGGUCCUGUUCAUGGCUCUGUACAACCUCAAGCUGCAGCUGGCGCGGACUGGUGGCUUCCUCGCGCUGGCCUGGCUCGGAUCGAUGGCACUGGCGACGGUGUCGAUCAACGGGCGUCCUCCCGAUGACGGUGUCGCCCGCGGGAGCAACACGCUGUUUGUUGUUGCGCUGGCUCUUGUGCCGAUUGUUGCAUGUGCUGGAGGUGGCAUUUCAUAUCUUCGGCUUCACCGACUUUGGCGGAGACACGCGGCUGUGGCUGUGGCGCCUACGGCCCGGCGGAGCACUGGGCACCGAUCUCGGUUCAUCCUUGUAACUGACGUCGAGCUCGUGGCACGGAUGCACAUGGCGUCGGGCAACAUUGACGCCGCCAACAGCGUCUUCCGCGCCGGCUUUGACCAGUUUCCUAACUCGGUCUUUGUCGUCCUCUGCUACGUGCGGUUUCUUGCGAGUGUGGGCAACACUGCGAUGGCGCACGCGUAUCUUGACAAGUCGCUUGCUCUCCCGGCAUGGAUUGAUCUGCGGUUUGCGCGGUAUCGCAAGAUGCGCGAGGUGGAGCAGGCGCAGCUCGCGCGCGGGCUGACGACCGGCUCGAUGGACCUUGUCUCGUACGUGCAGUUUGAGAACAUGCUGCGAACGGCCAAGUCGCACCACAACUCGGCGCUGCGGGCGGUGAGCACGUUCUGGCGCACGCUGCUGCGAUCUGACCGGGCGUUCCUGGAAAAGUCUGCCAAGCUCAUUGCGCGGAUCGACGAGUCUGAGCGGACGGCCAACAACUACUACCGGCAACUGGUGCGCAAGUACCCGACCGCGCCGGGCCUGCUGUCGGCGUACGCCACGUUUCUGGACGAGGUGUCGAACAAGCCGGCGCUCGCGUCGCGGUUCCUCUCCAAGGCCAAGCGGGUCGAGGCUGCAACGCGCGACGACGGUGGGGCCGGGGUGGAGCAUCUUGGGCAGGACGCCGACUACACGCUCGUGAACGGGGCGGUCGAUGCGCUCAUUUCGCUGAGCGAGACUGGGAGCAUUAUCUCGCUCAACACGCAUGCCCGAAAGCUGCUUGGCUACUCGAGCUUGGCGAGCAAGGGUGAGCUUGUGGGUCAACCGUUUGGCAGCACGCUCCUCACGCAGCCGUUUGCAUCGUGGCAGGCACUGCUUGUAUCGGAGACGUCCGAUGAGGCCAAGUCGAUGAUUGUGCCGAUCCGCCACCGAGCAGGAACACUGAUGCCUGUGGUGUUGACCAUUGUGCGGAUGGGCGGAAACUCGGGAUCUGCGCCGUUUGUUAUGGUUCUUCGCGAGCUCCCGCGUCACGACACCCGGGUUGUGCUCUACACCCGCAAGUCUGGACGGGUAGUCGGAGUGGUGGGGCCGGUCAGCACGGUGCUCGAGCGGAGCUCAAACUCGCUGACCAACUCGGAAGUUCUAGAUCUUUUUGAUGCUAGCGGCGACGAGGCCGAGCUGCAGUUCUCACCGAUGGCUGGCUGGUUGUCUUCACUUGGCACGGCUUCGAGGAGCAAUCUCUCCACCCGGGUCGAGACGGUGACACUCGGCUCGCAAAAGCGAGUGCCCAUGGUGGUCUCGUGCUCGGUGGUGUUUGGCAGCGGCAACGAUGCCAUGGGCAUGAUUUGUCUCGAGCCACUCGCGGCGCACACGCUCGAAAUCGUGCUCUCGCCAGACGGCCGAAUCCUGGCCUGCGCCUCGGGAUCGAUUGCCACGCUGCUCGGAGUGACCGAAACCGAGGUUCUCGGUCAGGGUCUUGAGUCGCUGUUCCGGCUUCCCGAGUCGACUAAUGAUCGGCCUGCCAUUCUGGACAUUGUGGAUGCGACCCAUUCGCGAGCGGCGCGGAUUAGCGCUGAGGUCGGUGUGCGUGGCGUUGCUUCGCAUCUUGAGCCGGUUGGCGUCUGGAUCGAGUCGGACAGACUGUUGCAAGGUCUGAUGAGCAAGGCAAAGGAGCAGCUGGCAGAUGGCUCGUCACCUCUGCCGCUCAUUCCACCGCCGCCUCUUCAGAGCUCGGUGGCGUCACGGAUGGGCGAGGCCGUAGCGCUGCUACAGUCGCUGGCGCUCCGGGCGACACAUCCAUCACUCUGUUUCCUGGCUGCGGCUCGAUCAGCCGACGACGGGUCAUCCCACUCACUGUGGCUCCUCCCGCUAGCAGCGUCGGAAGAAGAACUCACAACGCUAGCUGCGUCUGUGCCAGUCACUCCGACCAUCGGCACUGUACCGCGGCCGGCAUCGCUAGGGCCUGGCUCGUGGGGCGCCGGGCGGAACUCGAGCUCUAGCUUGAUGGGCGACGCGACUGCUUCCGCUGGUGCGAUUACUGGCAACGGCGUGUCUGGUCUCUCGUCGCCGUUUGACUCGGUGCCGCAGCUCGGCGCCAGCACCGGUGACAGCUCUGUGGGAAUGCGACGGUCAGCGUCGGGAGUCAUUGCCGGACCCCGGCGGCGGGUCUCACGGCGGCGAUCUAAGCUCUCGACAGCGCUUACGUCGGAGCGGUCGCUCUCGCUGCAGCGGCCGGGCAGCAAGACGACGGCGGCGGCGGCGGCGGGCGAUACCGAGACCAUGUCGCUAGUUUCGGCAUCAGACCAGCGGAUGGUGGGGGCGUCGCGAGCGCGAAUUUUGGCGCGCAAGCGGAUGGCGCAGUCGGACUCGGAUGUGGCGACGGCCCUGCGUGGGCUGCGAACGCGGACAUCGGCGUCAAUUUCGCGGCUACAGAAGCAGCUGUGUCUUUUCACGUUUGCUGUCGCCUGUCUUUGCGUGGCAGUCUUUGUGGCGUCAACCAUUCUAGUGGCAGAGGCCGAGCUCAAGCCACCGCGGGCCGAGUGGGCGGCACUUCGACUGCAGGCGAUGUCGCGGACAGUCUCGACGCUCGAGUCGCUGUACCUGCUGGAAAAGGGGAUGUUGGUGCACAACUAUGUACUCUCGAUGAGAGCGCGGAACAUAUCGUCGGUGGCGGAUGAUGUCGAUCCUUUUCUCAUCCAGUUUAACCAACUCAUCCUUGGUGCGCCCGAGUUCAUACACCAGUCGCCCAAAGACGCGGCGCGGUUGCUGGCGACCGCGCGCAACGCACUGUCGUCGCUUCGGGCCAACCAGGACCAGCUGGCAGACACGUCCGGCCUGCACGACCCAGGAGACCGGAUUGACAAGCUCCAUUCUGGCGAAGGCCAGGUGGCCCUGUACCACUUUGUGGGUGUGGGUGAGCUCCUGGCCAAUUAUCCUAAUCCGUUCAACAUCACGUCGAGUGCCGAGUCGUACAAUCUGGAGGAGGCCAUUGCGUUGUUCUCCAACAUGGCCAAUGGGUAUCUUGAGUACCUCGAGGGCCUAUUGGCGGUGAUGAGCGGGGCAGUGCCGCCGAAUGGAGGCACGACUACCGUAGGGGGCGGGGUGGUCGGUGCGCCGGUUGUGGCGCCGGAAGACAUGGUCAUGUUUGCCAUUUUCAAUGGGCGGCACACGCUGCGGACGAUUCUGGAAGUGGGACUUGACCUUGAGCAAGAUGCAGUUGCGGCGACAAUGCAGCAGUCGAUUGUGGUCGUGUGCUCGCUGACGGGCGUGUUGGUCGCGCUGCAUCUCGCGGUUGUGUGCUUUGUCAUGUAUCCUGCGUUCCGCAAGCUGACCGACCAGCGGAAGCACACGGUGGCGGUCUUUCUGGCCAUUCCCAAGGUUACGGUCUCGCAGCUCGCGCGUGGCUCGCGCAACGCGCUGGCAAGCGACGGCGGCCUCUCUGCCGAGUCAAUUGAGGAACUCGGGACGACCGUCGAGACGAUGGAUGCGGACGGGCCUGAAUCGUCGAUUCGUCGCGCAGCGAGCACCAAUGGCGUCAUUGAGCUCGGGAAGCUGCGACGGGAAGGUAUGUCAUCCUCUUCGUCUUCGUCGCUCUCUUCGCCGUCUGAAGAUGAGUCGCUGUCGGACGAACUCGGCAGUGGGCUCGAGAAGUCGAGCGCUGCCGUGCGGCGGUCGGUGACAUCGCCAGUCCUUACGGGCCGGGAAUCUGCCGAGUCAGGGUCGGGCAACGAGUCUGUUGUGCUCACCGACUCACUGCUGGAGGAGCAGGAGGAAGAGGAGGAUGGGGAACCAAACAGAAGCUUGGUGGAGCACGGGACGCCGAUGCGGCUGGUGACGGCGACGCCGACACGGGCGGCACAAGGUACCUCUGUGCAGGAGACGCCGGCGCGGAGAAGGACACCUUCGCGGGUCCUGAGCCCGCCGCAGCUGCACGUGAGCGGGGUGCACGGCGAAUCGAUGUGUGAGAAGAGCGGAUGCUCCGAGGCAUCGAUCUCCAUGCUGCUCUCGGGGUCGGAGGAGGGACCAAUGGUCCGUUUUCCGUCCAACUCGGAGCUCGUAGAGGAGGUCAGUCCGCCAGCACCGUAUCUUUCGCCGCAGCCGUCGGCAGCUUCACUAUCAGGAGCAAGGACGACAGGGCAGCGCGACGAGGAGCGCAUCAAGCAGGCGUCGCAGCGGGUGGCGCGUGACGUGGUGGAGAAGCGGCAGUGGCUGAUCUUGUUUGGUAUGGUGGGCCUGGCCGUUGUCCUCGCGUUUUCUCUGGUCUCGCUGGUGGAGCUGCGGUACAUGGCGAAUGUGGCUUCGGCGACGGCCAAGGGCGGGCUCCGCAUGGCGCUCAAUGAGGACGUGCGUGGGCUGGCUAUCGAGACCAUGAUCGAGGAGAACCCACAGCUGCAGCUCUUCGCGACAGUCGUUCUUCCAUACCACUUGCUGCCGUGGACAGAUAUGUCACAAGCGCGCCUGCCAGACUCGGUUCAUGUACGGCUGACAACGACCCGCUUGGGAGCACGCGAAAUGCUGCUCAGCGCGCUUGACCUACUGCGCGAGACGCAGCAGUACUUUGCUCUCAACGCCGACGACACGUUCAAGGUCCCUUCGCAACACUGGCUCAAUUCAGCCGGAACCUGCCUCCGUUACAACACUAGCCUCUGCCGCAAGCCCGACGAUCGUCUGUACUUGGAGACUUCACAAGGGCUGUCUGUGCUUGUUUAUGAGUAUGUUGCGCUCGGGCGUGCUGUGGCGCGAGCGCCGGCGUCGGUCAUCUCGCCGCUCACGCAGCCACUGCUUGACAUCGAGAACUUGUUUGAUCGCGAGAUGCUGGAUGGCCUCGGAAUGUCGACGCACAGCUUUGUGACUUCGGUCGAGCGCAACGCGCUGUGGGAGCACCUUCCGCUUGUGGCACUCGUGGCGCAGCUUGUGCUCUUCUUCCUCUUCCUCGUCGGUGCCAUCGUUCCACUCGUCCAUGCACUCCACGCGCAGAACCGGCGGACGAUGUUCAUGCUGGGCUUUAUUCCGCACGAUGUGGUGACAUCUGUCUACUCUGUUGCGUCAUUCUUUGAGCUUGACACUGUCUAG